CCGAACACAUUUCGAACAAGUACGCGUUCUCCCGUUGCCGUGGCAGCAGCGACUUCAGGAAGAACGUUCGGGCGAUUAAUGAUGGAUGCUCGAGAGACAGAUCUGCUGGGUGGCAAUGAGAACAUUGUUGAAAUGCAGAAUUUGGAAGAAGAGGAUUUUGCUGUUUCAAAAUCAUCAGAUGCUGAUGCAGAAUUUGACAUGGUUAUUGGGAACAUCGAGGAUAUUAUAAUGGAGGAUGAAUUCCAACAUCUUCAGCAGUCUUUCAUGGAGAAAUAUUACCUUGAGUUUGAUGACUCCGAGGAGAACAAGCUCAGCUAUACACCUAUUUUUAAUGAAUAUAUUGAAGUCCUAGAAAAACAUCUGGAACAGCAGUUGGUAGAGCGAAUUCCUGGAUUCAACAUGGAUGCCUUCAUCCAUUCACUUAAAUGGCACAAAGAUGAAGUCUCAGGUGACAUACUUGACAUGCUGCUCACUUUCACUGACUUUAUGGCCUUUAAAGAGAUGUUCAUUGAUUACAGAGCAGAAAAGGAGGGCAGAGGAUUGGACCUUAGUACCGGACUGGUGGUGAAAUCUUUAAAUUCUGCUUCUGCUUCACCUCUGACCUCUAGCAUGGCCUCACAAUCCAGCUGAACCAAUGGGCAUCUCAUGUAAAUGAACUUGGGUCAGUCAACACACAUGAUUAUUCCCACACAUCCCAAAACAACAGCCACUGUUACACUUGACAGAAGGGAAUCGGUGUUUAAUUUAGGUUAAUGUUUAAACAUAACAUUGGGGUUAACUGUCAGCUUAUCCGGUAUGACUCCUCUAACACAGUAUUCAUCGGUCACAAAAUCCACUCGGUCUGGAUCAGUCUUUCAUAUCUUGUUGGCCUACAGCGCAGCUGUACGCACUAUUGCUGUUUCUGACCAAACUGAUGUAGAAAGCUAUAAUUAGCAUUUGAGUAUCGCAAAGCUGCCACUUUAUUGCAAAUAUACCAAAAUAAUUCCUUUCACUUGACAAUCAUAAAGGGCUUUUCGAUACAAAAGUAUUAUACAACGUGCCUGAUAUGAAAACCGAUCUAAAAGACCCUUUUUCCAUUUAAAAGACUUGCAAGUCUUUCCAAGUAAAAUAUUACAGAAUUAAAAAGUGUUUAUACAGUUACCUGAAACAACGUAAAUAAUCACAUAGUUUUUCAUGCUUUUAAUGUGAUUCUGAGUCCAUGUUCUGGAUGUCUCAUAUCUUCUGAGUGACAAUGAGAAGGAAAGACUCAUAAGAGCUUUUCAAAAUAAUGCUUAGUU